AUGUCGCUUUGCAAAGCUACCAUGCCCUCGCCGGUGACAUCAUCCGCCACGAUCCUCACCUGGCUCAGACAGUCCUCCUCCAGACGCUCGACGCAGACUUGCCGUCUAUUCUCCUCAUACGGCAAUGCUCACCGGUCUUCGAAGCGUGAAUUGCAAACUGCCACUGCCUACCGUCCUCACUCGCUGCCCACCUCCUUCCCGCCGCCCCGGAACACGGGCAACCCUGACACUUCCAUCGCUGCCGACUUCCCUUCUUUCCGUGAAAUUUCUCAGCCCCAGAUGCCCGGCCAGCAAGGCCUGUCCGACCUAAGCCUCCGGGAAAGCGAGGCCCAGAAGUCCAAGCCCGUGCCUGCUCCUGCUCCCGCCGAGAAGACCGCCGCCAAGCCCACUGAGAAGCCUCGGCGCAAGCUGCGUGCCAGGAAGGCCGCGAUGAAGCUGACCCCCGUGGCAAUUGAGCAGCUUCGCAAACUCCUCACACAGCCGAACCCCAAGCUGAUUCGAGUCGGUGUGAAGAACCGUGGCUGCUCCGGUCUCGCGUACCACCUGGAGUACGUGGAGAAGCCGGGCACUUUCGACGAAGUGGUGGAGCAGGACGGUGUCAAAGUUCUCAUCGACAGCAAGGCAUUGUUCAGUAUCAUCGGUAGCGAGAUGGACUGGCAGGAGGACAAGCUGAGCAGGAGAUUCGUUUUCCGCAACCCGAAUAUUAAGGAACAAUGUGGAUGCGGUGAAUCCUUCAUGGUCUGA